AGUCCUACCAUUCCAUGAGUCACAUGUAACAUCACAUGGUGACAGCCUUGAGACAAUACAGUGCAAUUCAACACUAUGGCAUUGUUGUGAUUAUUUCAUGAAGUUGGUCCCAGAAAAAGUAUUGAUGCUCCAUGUUGUAUCUGGUGUUGUGUUGGAUGGCAAUUCUAUUGAAAAGUGUUUCUAAUAUUUUGUCCACGUGCUGUUUGUUUAAAUGUAGAGCAAUAGGGCCCAGGUGGAUUAAUUUAUGGUAUUUGCGUUCUGUAGCUCUAAAGUAUCUUUCUGUAAAUGGAUAUAUUGUAAAGGAAAAUCUGCCCACCCCCUCGCUAUAGUAACAAGUGAUGCAACAGCCCCAGACCCCCGACCGCGUUAAAGCUCCGCUGCUUGGCAACGCGUAAACUUUCACGAGCAGAGGCAUCUCCAAACAAACCUACUUCCGGGAAGCUACUUGACUUGUUCGUUUCUUGGUAACUUGGCUUUCAGAUUUAUCACAGCAAGUGCAAUGUCCAAGGCAGGGCCAAGGAAAAGGGAGUCCUCCUCCAGCAAAGUCUCUUUAUCCGACCGUCAGACAGAAGCAGCGUCCCUAGCUGCCACUUCCUCUGAGAGCCUAGGAGGUGUGUGGAAAUGCAGAUUCCCUCUUUGGCCUGAGUGGAACGAUGCAGAAGUCAACAAGGAGAAAUGGGACUCAAGUAAAGGAGCUGAAGAUGGAAAGACAAGCAAGAGUCCCAAUGCUCCAUUUUUUGAAGAUCCUGAGGGAAAAAUUUCCCUGCCUCCAUCUUUGAAAGUGCACUCCUGGAAACGCCCUACAGAGUUUAUUCUCAACAAGGGUCCCAUCGUUGUUGAAAAUCAAAUGACGUUUGACCUAAUCUCCCCCAAUGAUCAUCUGAUUUGCAGUGAGCUGAUGAGGUGGAUCAUUGGUGAGAUCUAUAUUGUUUGGACGGUGUAUGGCAGCACAUCUGCAGAACAAGAGGGUUGGAAACCUUGGGAGCACAUCUACUCGCUGUGUAAGGUGGUGAAAAGUCAUGUGCCGCUCUACAACAACUAUGGAAAAUACUUGGUCCGGCUCUACUGGAUGGGCUGUUGGAGGAAGAUAACAGUAGAUGACUGCAUGCCGUUUGAUGAAAAAAAUAACCUUCUCCUCCCUGCCUCCACCUGUCAAUCAGAGCUGUGGCCAAUGCUAUUGGCUAAGGCUCUCAUUAAAGUGGCCAAUACAAAUGUAGUGUCAGAGGUCUGUGGGGAGAUGGGUGAGUUCACCUUUAUCCAUACCCUCACUGGCUGGAUCCCAGAAAUCAGGCCUGUAAAAUCUGUAUACCUGGGGAAAAUUUGGGAUUUCUUACAAGAUACCAUUCCUAUAUUUACACACCCGGAAGAGAGUUCGCCAGAGACAAAGCCUCAGACUGCAGAUCCAACUGCAGGGAGAGAUUCCAGCCUGAAUGACAGUACCCCCGAGGUAGUGGUGUGUGCCAGCUACUACCCUUUUCAGCCGAAUAACAAUUCCUUUGGGUUUGGCCAAAUGGCUAAUUCUUCAGAGUUCCUGCGUAGGUACAGUCUCUCCUUGCUGUACAGCCACAUCGCCCUGUUGACCAGAACCCGCGCUUGCCAGCUGGAGGCACCACCCAAACCACUACCUGUUCCCCGAUGGAAACUCAUCCGCCAGCGCAAGGAGAUUGUGGUCACUGAUGAACCUCGGAAGCUCCCUUUGUCAAAACCAGAGCAGUUCAUUGAGGUUGCCAGCCCUUUUCUCUCCUACCGUGUCAGGAGCAACGUUGGCUCAGUCCCAGAGCUAGGGGCCAAGCAGAGCGCUCAGAAGAAGUGUUCCCACGGAUCCCCGCUGGUUUCCAUUGCUGAGAGAGAAGAGACCGAAUGCCGAGAAGGCCUUGAGCCUGAUGCAGCUAACUCACCAAGCAGCACUCGGAGAAUAAAGGUUACUACAGAGGACAGGAAGAAGGACAAUGAUGACAACUCCAGUGAUUGGCCCAAAACUGCAACGAAGCAGCCUGUAACUGAGGAACUCUCAGCUCCCGUCAAACCCAUCCUGCAGGAGACCUGGAUGGACCUGGAUGACUUUGUUAAAUGCUUUCAGACUCUGUUUGUGUUCCAUAAAUCACAGAUCUACCCACAUCAUAUCCACAAAUCUCAUUUUAAGAGCACCAUCCUGUCCAAAACUGCAACAGGCAGCAACUGCACUGGAUCGUCUACACACUCACUUACCACCAGAUCCCUGCCUGUGACAUCUGCUGUAGCAAGCCCUGAAUGUACAGAGGUGAAAGGCACUCACUACCUAUGUGUGGACAGCCUGCAACCUUCCCAGAUCCUUAUCAGCUUCUCUGCUCUGCUUCUCUGGGGAGAUACAGCUGUGGAGAAAAAGGAAAUGUCAGCGGCGUGUAGAUCUGCAGUUCUUAUCGCCCAACCGCACUCCUGGAAAAGUCUGCAGUCACAGCUGCCUGUUCUCACGAUCAAGACCACCUCCUCCAAGGCAGCCAUGCUUAACUUACCUCCAGGGCGCCAUGUGUUAUCCUUCCACACAAAGGCAGCACUGGGCUACCACGUCCACCUGUGCAGCAAGACACCUUUCAUCUUUGGGGAUGAAGAAACCAUAAUGUCACAACUUACCAAGGAAAGUGCUCGUUUCACUGAGCAAGCUUCGUCCAUCUUGAGAGCCCUGUCCAGAGUGGUGGAUUCCUUUAGUGAUGAGCAGGACCAUCCAGCCACCAGAAGAACCCUAGAAGAGGCUCAUUGUCCUCAAAACAUCAACACCACCUUGGGAAAAUGGGAACACAACAAGCUGUUUAACUCUGCAGUUUACCACAUGCUGUGUGAGUCUCUGGGCAGGAAUCUGACGACAGAUGAGCAAUUUGCUGUACUGGCCCUCACUGCUGACCCUUCACUUUUAGCCACUGUCUGCAAAGAAGACUCCCCUGCAUUAGAUGCAGAAUCAAAGCCUCCAGAAAACUGGAGAGACAGGGAACCGACAGACAAGGAGGUCAAGGCAUUCACGGUUCUGCAGGCUGGAGGGCACUUGGUGCAAGAAAUCAUUAAUGCCUCGAAACCUGGGACGAAGGAGAAUCUCAUGGCAUCGAAGAUCCUUUUAGACAUGUGGCCGAAAGUUGAAUCAGAUGCAGACAAACAUGCUGUCUUUUUGCUACGGUAUAUCAUUGACCACGUCGAGAUGAAAGCGAAGCUCUACCCCUGUCAGCAGGAUGAAUGGACCAGAAUCAACUUUGCUGAUUACUCUGUCUCUCUUCAAGACACAGCCAACUCCUGGGUCUUGGUCUUUAGAGAGAUAUUCCUGGUUCCUAAGGAGAUGCUGCUGGUACCAAAGGUCUACUCCCCAAUUCCUAAUUGCCUGCUGCACGUCAUAAAUAAUGACACAGGAGAGGAGCUGGACAUGGUCUUCAACAAACUAGCCACCCACGUCUAUCAACCCAACAAGCUUGGCUAUACCUUUGUAGCAGAGGCUGUCACACCUGAAUCACCCCGUGUUGGUGCCAAGUGGAGGAUGCGCUUGAUCGGUUCAGGAGAACCCCUUCCAAAAAUGUCCCGUGAGGAUCCACUCAACACGUUCUCAGUGAAGGAAUUCCAGGAUUAUUACAUUCCCAAUGACGAAAAGCUCAUAUGUCGUUACUCUGUGCAGGUGACAACAGACGUCCUAGGAACAAUUCAGUUUCAGACUUCCAAGCCAGAUGUAUUUAUACAUCUGUCCAUUUUGGACCAGGAGAAAGAGGUGGCCAGCAACACUGGGAAAGGCCAUGUGGUAAUUCCUGUGUUCUGCUUCCUGGCCAACAAAGCCCCCGGUUACACAAAUGAGAAGAACCAGAACCAGAAGGGAUGCCCCACCCAAGACAACGGGGUCAAGGUGUUAGACACUCCCCUACAAGAAGCUGAGAAAUCAGACUCCACGUUUAACCAGCAGCCGCCUCCCACAGAGACUAUGGGUCAUAAGUAUGUGGUGCAGGCAGAGGUGCUUUAUAAGAGCUGGGAUUUGGAUGAAUCUCAGUUGGCUUUUGUCCAUAUGCUCAGAGGCUUGGAGAAGAAUGAAAUGAGAGUAUACAAGCUUGAGGACUUGAAGCGUUCAUCCACCGCUGACACGCCGAGCCAUCAUGGGCACAAAUCUGACACCCCCAAAACCAACCGCAAAGGCGAAGGUGACAAGGAGAAGGGGAAGCCAGCUGCCAUGUCCAAAUCUGGCUCCAGGCAGGAAACGAGGCUCGACCUGACUAAGCCACACUGGACACUGCGUGUGGUCACUGACAAGAGUAAAGCAGAAGGCAUCGAGGUGAAGAAGGACACAGAGAGAAUGGACCAGAUUAAAUCCAUUAAAGAGGCUUGGGAAAUGGUUGAGCCAGGCCGCUGUGCCAAGGCUUUACAAUCUCGACUCCAGUUUCUUAACCAAGGCCAACAUCAAGCAAGUGAUGAAGCUACUUCAGAUAACACAGAAAGCAGAGAGCAUGCUCCUUCCAAAUCUGGUCCUGACACCUCUCUCAGUCCAUCCAAUCAGAAGUUGACUAAUACCUCCUCCACCUAUCCCCACAUGGACUAUAUGCCCUUCAUCAGACGGCAAAAGGAUUUUCCAGCGCUGAUGGACUCACAGAUGGAGGAGAUCCAGCGGAUGCAGCGCUUAGAAAAGAUCCAGACGUACCGUUUGGUCCGAGAAAAUGUGCUGGAGCACCAGAAACAACAGGAACUCAACAGGAGGGAGCUAAUGAGACGCCAGCUGGAGAUGUAUGAGAACAUGCAGGCAGCCUUGUGGCACCGCUGUAAGAAAUUUCUCGAUGCUUGUGAGACAUUAAGUAGCCAUCAGAUGGCGACCGUGAAAAAGGAACAAGAAGAGAAACAAGCUCUGGAGGAGGCCCAGCAGGCAGUUCUAGAAAAAACAACCCCCACCUCUGCUGCCACCCAGCAGCCCAACAAACGUGCCAAGAGUGCUGGCAAAAAGAAAUGAUGGCCAUUGGCACCAACUUCCGGUCUCAGUGCUCCUCUCAGGCACCUCUCAACAAGUCUGUUUGAGCACUGAAGGAUCUUUGGUUGAUCACAACAUUCUGGCUUCUACUUGAUGAAACAACACCUGACCAAAAGAUUGUUGAUUCGCUCAAUUCACGGCUGCGAGUGCUUUGUCUCUGUCUUAUGUCUUUUCACUCUCUACGAAUAUGAAAUUAAGGACUCUUAAAGAGUCAGUUUGUUAAGUUUUGUAAUGUUUUUACCUUUUUUUUUUUUUUCUUAACCAAAGAUGUUAUAACUUUCACAAUAUUUAUGCUGUAUUUCAUAUUUAAUCGUAUUCUUAUGGCACACAUGUAUAUCUUUCAUCUGUCAUCUGUAACCUGUAUUAACAAAGCCACUGUUCACCUAAAAAAUCAACCUUUGUAGUUGUUGCUCAUUUUCCCAUAGAACAUAUCCGAUAUAUCAAAUUCUGAAUGACAAAAUGGGCGUUACUGGCUGUGUGCAGACUUGUAAAUCAACUUUCUCUUGCAUAGCACUGAGAAUAUCAAGCCAUCUCACUUGCAAUGUAUGGCUUUGAGUUUUU